GGAUAUGAUUAAAAAGCUGAAUGAAAUAAACAACUUCUCUGCCAAAGUCUGACUGCACGACUAUGCAUAAAUAUGCACGAUGCUUUUAGAAGUUUCUCUCAUCAUUUUUAUGAACGUACUGAUGAUUAUCAACGGUAGAGAUGAGAAUGAAUAUCGUUUAACCAGAUUUCUUCUCUCCAAUUACGACAAGAACGUCAGGCCUGCGAGGCAUACUGAUGAACCUGUGAACGUUACCUUUGGACUAGCACUAACCCAAAUUAUAGACGUCGAUGAAAGAAAUCAGAUUUUAACUACCAACUGCUGGCUGAAUCAGAUCUGGAUGGAUUACGGACUUCUUUGGAAUCAUUCAGAUUUCGGCGGAAUAAAAGUUAUUCGAAUUCCAGCGGAUAAAGUAUGGCGACCAGACAUAAUUUUGUACAACAACGCAGAUUCACAAUACAACAAUGCCAUACUCAGCACCAACGUCAUCGUUUCUUCAGACGGAAAUUUAACAUGGCUUUCCAGCGCCAUCUUUCGGAGCUCAUGCAAGAUAAAUGUAGCAUGGUUUCCAUUUGACGAGCAGAAUUGUUCAAUGAAAUUUGCAUCGUGGUCUUAUGACGGAUAUCGUGUGAAUGUCGUCAUUCAAACGAGAGAAGGUGAUUUGUCCAAUUAUGUGGAAAAUGGAGAAUGGGAUCUCAUCACGAUGCUCGUUGAAAGAAAUGAAGUCUUCUAUUCCUGUUGCCAGGAGCCUUAUCCUGAUGUGACGUUUCACAUCGUCCUGCGUCGAAGGCCAUUGUUUUAUGUCUUCAAUCUAAUACUUCCAUGCAUGCUGAUAACAGGUAUUGCCCUGCUCAGUUUCUAUAUGCCUUCUGACUCAGGGGAGAAGGUCACCCUCGGCAUUACCACCCUCCUGUCUAUGACCGUCUUCCUCAUGGUCAUAGGCGAAAGCAUGCCGCCCACCUCAGACACUGUGCCAUUAAUAGGUCUAUAUUAUGCUGUGGUGAUGACCUUGGUGUCCUUAGCAACGGCAAUGUCAGUGGUCACCCUGAAUAUUCACCAUCGUGGCCUGCACGGAAACGAAGUGCCUCCACUCGUCAAAAAGUUUGUGUUUGGUGUGCUGGCCAAGCUGCUCUUUAUAAGGGUCAAUGUUCCGGACACGAUGGAUGCCAGCAAUCCCGCUUAUUGUAGGAUGAAUACAAAAAUCAUGCCUGAAAGAGAAUACUGCGAAAACGGCAGAAUUUCGCCAAAGCUGUAUUGCAGCAACAACUGCAUCACGAAUCUUCACAGAGCAAUUAAAAAUCCAAAAGAGAACUUUGAGAUGCAAUUUUUGAAAAUUCUGGAAAAAAUCAGCCAAAGCAUAGACAAAAAUGAGAUAAGAGUUGUUGAACAAGACCGGAAAGACAAAAUAAAACUAGAGUGGCAACAGGUGGCGCUAAUAUUUGACCGACUGUUGUUAUGGGUGUUCAUUAUCGCAACACUCGGCACAACUUUUGGCAUACUUUCCAUGUCACCUCACGCCAGAUUAUAUUGAGUGAAUGAUGCUUUGAAGCCCAAUGAAAAUAUAAAGUUUAAAAAAGUUUCGUCCAAGUGUUCUCUUGGCGGCAAAUGCUAAAAUUGCAAAUGAAACGCUGGAUAAAAAUAUAAAAUAAUUGAAGCAAUGAAGAGUACAUAAGAAUGAUGUAUUAGCAUUUGAGAAUCGUUGGAAGAUUCUAGAAUGAGGUCUAGUCCGAAAUAUGUGUUUAUAGCGAUAUAAAUAAAGGACAAAAGUAGAUAUCGUUUUAAUUUCGUUCAAGCUAAUUAUGACAUCGAUUUAGAAUAAUUUAUCAGCAUGUAUGCCUCCAUUAAGGAAAUGGGUUUAAUUUUUUGUACAUUUGCGAUUUAAAAAGCAAAUAAUGGUUAAUUGCUGAUUCUCGAUUUAGGAUAAAUUUCCUUUUAUCUGAAUUUAAAUUUAAGCUUCAAUUCUUAUAUGUCAUUUCAAAUCUAAACUUCAUUCUCCUUUGCAAACAGUAUUAUUAUUUUUAUUCAUCUGAUUCUCAAUCAAUAAUCUCAGUUUUAAUCUCCUUAUAUUCAUUAUUUAUUUAGUUAUUAUUUAUAGUAUUUUUGUUAUUCUGU